GGAUCCGGGUCCCUGGAUCCAGGGCUCCGGGGUUUGGUUGUGUGGUAGCUAGCAGCCUGGAGGCCCUGGUUGUUGUGUGUGUUUGUGUGUGUUUGUGUUUGUGUGUUUCCUCCUCUCGUGGAAUAUCUGGGAUCAGUUUAGUUUCCAUCCAGACCCGAGCCGCGGCUCCUUCAUGUGACUGCUUCCCGCCGGCGGCCUCCUCUCUCCGGGAUGUGACCGAGUGGCGGCUGCGCUGAGCUGGGAGCACGUUGACUGGUGUCGCCUCCUCGCUCCUCCGGGUCCGGAUCUUGUAGCUGUUUCUCCGGGAUUAUCGGGCCCCAUGGAGUGUACGUGAACCGGCUCGGAUAGGGAUUCCUACCGGGGAGACGAUGUGGGGAGCAGGGAGGAGGCGCGGGGACCAGCCCUGAGGAGGCGUCCUGUGGCUGGGAGGAGCACGGCCCUCCUGUGGCCCUCCUGCGGCGCUCCGGGACGCUCCUACUAAGAUGUCCCUCAGCAGCGGCCCUGCAGGCGGGAAAGGUGUGGACUCCAACGCGGUGGACACGUACGACAGUGGUGAUGAGUGGGAUAUCGGUGUUGGCAAUCUGAUAAUUGACCUAGACGCUGACCUGGAGAAGGACAAACUAGAGAUGUCGAGCAGUAAGGAGGGAGGGGGCAUGGCUGCCCCUCCCAGCUCUGUGUCUGCUUUACCUGACAAUAUAAAGUUUGUUAGUCCUGUGGCCGCCACGCAGGGCAAAGAGACCAAAUCAAAAUCCAAGCGCAGUAAAAACUCUAAGGACGGUAUUAAGGCCCCAGUCUCGGACGGAGUCAAGAAGGAGAUUCAGGGUCGGGCCCCCGGGGACCCCCCACCACAGAACCCCAACUCUACCCCUCCUAAGGGAACGGACAAAUCUAGUAAACCCUCCCGUACAACCCUCCCUGCUGUGAAAAAGGACAAGGAUGGGAUAUCUGGGAAAACUAAGAAGGAGAAAAUGGAGGUUGUAGCCACAGGAGUGGUUAACACUGAGAAGGAAACCCUGGCCCCCAUCCUGCCAUUAGGGGCCCCUCGCAGCGGCCCAUUCGAGGGCCAACAAAACCCUGAGUUGGCUGCAGCCGAGCAGCUCGGGAAUAUGGCACUGGACUCGGCAGGGAUGGGUCAGCCCGUCGCCAUGACAACAGAGCAGGAGGAGGUGGACAGCGUUGAAUGCCGAAAUCUGAAGAAAGUCGUAGGUGGUGAGAAGAUGGAGUCUCCAGUCUCCACCCCUGCGCCUCCUCCUCUCCACCUCCUCGCUCCCGUCACCAACAGCGACAUCUCGUCUCCCUGUGAGCAGAUCAUGGUCCGCACGCGCUCCGUAGCGGUGAACACAGCGGAUGCGGCGCUGGCCACAGAGCCAGAGUGUCUCGGACCCUGUGAGCCGGGCACCAGUGUGAACCUGGAGGGGAUCGUGUGGCAGGAGACGGAGGACGGCAUGCUGGUUGUGAACGUCACCUGGAGGAACAAGACGUAUGUGGGAACUCUGCUGGACUGCACCAGACAUGACUGGGCCCCACCAAGGUUCUGCGAGUCUCCCACCAGUGACGUGGAGAUGCGGAGCGGUCGUGGUCGGGGGAAGAGGAUGCGUCCCAGCAGCAACACGCUGCUGAAUGACAACAGCAACUCCUCCGACAACAAAGGCAGCGGCAGCAGUAAGACUCGUGGAGCUGCUGCGAACAGCAAAGGGCGACGAGGCAGCCAGACAACCAGCGCCACCGAGGACGCCAAGGCCAGCCCGUCCUCCGCCAAGAGGAAGACCAAACCUGCCUCUGAUAUGGAGCCCACCUCCAGCUCCGAGGACACAAAGGCUUCGAAACGCAUGAGAACGAACUCCACUGGUGCUGCGCCCCCCCUCCCUGGAGGUAAACCUGAUCCCCUGCCCCCCCCACAGCUGGACCGCACCUGCCCCUCCCCUAUGCUCAUUGACUGCCCCCACCCCAACUGUAACAAGAAGUACAAGCACAUUAACGGGUUGAAGUACCACCAGGCUCGAGCCCAUAAUGACCACGACGUCCGUUUGGACCAGGACGUAGACAGUGAAUACGGGGACGACCCGGCCCUCCAUCCUGACCUCGCCUCCUGCAACGGUGCCGCCAUUUCCCCCGCCCGCUCCACCACACCUAAAGGACGAGGCUUUGACGCCUCCUCCCCGUCGCCAGGGAAGCUAACGUCAAAGGGAAAGAAGAAAGCAGGGGAGCCUGAGCCCGAGGUGACAGACGGUGGCGAGGAGGGAGCAUGUUUGACUGAUGAGGCCAGCAAUGACGGGAUGGACGACAGAAAGGCCAAGAAGAUGGCGAGCAAGCCUGAUAAAGGGACUCCGAAAGGCUUAAAGCCAGGCCGCCCUGCGGCCCCCGCUGCCCCUGGGGCCCCCUCUCCCUGCGCCCUGCAGGCGUCCUCCCCCUCUCUGGGCUCUGUGGUACAGUCCGUUCCCAAGAGCCCUCAACUGAAGAACAUCCAACCCAAACCUCCUCCAUUGGCUGACCCCGCGUCCAGCCCCGCCCUCGCCAAGGACAAGAAGAAGAAGGACAAGAAGAAGCGGGAGGGGGGGAAGGAGGGGGACAGUCCAAAGGCGAUGUGUAAGGGGGGGAGGUCUGAGGAGGGGAAGAGCCCAUACUCUGAUGCGUCGGACACUUUGCUCAACGGCUCCACAGAAGCUCACCAGAGCCGGUUGGCCAGCAUCAAGGCCGCGGCCGACAAGGUGUACAGCUUCUCGGACAACGCACCCAGCCCGUCCAUCGGUGCGGCCAGCCGGAUGGAGGCCGGCCUCGCGCCCCACCUCAACCAGAACGGAGCCGACAACGCAUCCGUCAAAACCAGCAGCCCCGCCUACUCCGACAUCUCUGAUGCAGGGGAUGACGGAGAGGGGAAGGCGGAGGGCGUGAAGGUCAAGUCAGAGCCUGAACAGGGGCCUCGCGAAGGGGCCAAGAAGGCGCUGUUCCCCCCUCAGCCGCCCAGUAAGGAAUCACCCUACUACCCUAACUAUGACUCCUACUAUUCACCCACUUACCCCAACCCCAGCCCAGGGGCAGCACCGGCAGCAACGCCUCACGUGGAGGGAGCUCAGGUGAAGGUGAAGAAGGAGAAGGAGGAGGAGCCAGAGGUGGAGGAGGAGGUGGUCAAACUGAAGGUGGAGCCUCAGGAGGAGAGGAAGGUGGAGCCAGGGCUCCAGCAGCCCUCAGUCAUCCAGCAGCGCCCCAACAUGUACACCCAGCCUAUGUACUACAACCAGUACUACGUCCCCCCCUACUCCUACUCAGCUGACCAGGCCUACCACGCCCACCUGCUGGCCUCUAACCCCGCCUACCGCCAGCAAUACGAGGAGAGGCAUCGGCAGGUCGACAAGAAGCCUGAGGGCAAAGAGCGGGAGGCUGCUGGGAAAGACGAGUGGAAGCAAAAAGCCUCUGUGCCCCCCACGCUGUCCAGAGCCCCCAGCCUCACUGACCUGGGCGCAAAGGGGGGGCCGAACCCGGCCAAGUCUAAAGAGCCCCUGCCAACUUCAGAGCAGGCCAAGUCCGUCAUCAUGGCGAAGGGAGAGGACGCCAAAGCCCCCUCCGCCCAGCCUGAGGGUCUUAAGAUGAAGCUGAGUGAAGCAGGGCAUCAUGGGAAGGAGGAAGCUAAGCCAGGGGUGGAGUCAGGCAGGCCGACAGGUGUAGAGCCCGCCAUGUGGUACAGACAGGAACCCGACUCACGCCUGUGGCCCUACGUCUACCCCAACAAAUACUCUGAGGCCCCCAAGCCGCAGGAGGAGGACAGGUGGAAGGACGAGAGGGAGCGAGAGCGAGACAGGAAGGUGAAGGAGGAGAGGCCUCGGCCCAAGGAGGGCCUCCAAAAAGAGGAGGUGAAGGAGGGGGCGGAGGGCAGGACGCAGCUGCCUCCAGAGGAGCACAGAGGGGGAGGGAAGGAACCGCAUCCCCCACACAUGCAGUUCUCCUCCCCCCUGGCCCAGCACCAGGGCUACAUGCCCUACAUGCACGGACCCUACGCCUACAGCCAGGGCUACGAGCCCAGCCACCCCGGCUACAGAGGCAUGCCCUCCGUCAUGAUGCAGAACUACCCCGGCUCGUACCUGCCGGCCGGUUACGCCUUCUCGUACGGAGGGAAGGUGGGGGCGGGAGAAGAGGGUGAGAAACCCUCCAGGUCCAGUCCCACGGUGAAGCCGUCCGGUGAGGCCAAAGCUCUGGACCUGUUGCAGCAGCACGCCAGCCAUUACAAGAGCAAAUCGCCGUCCAUCCAAGACAACAAGACGCCACACGAACGAGAGCGAGACAGAGAGCGAGACAGAGAGCGAGACAGAGAGCGAGAAAGAGAAGGCGACCGACCGCGAUCUUCACCCUCCCAACGCAUCCUGCCCUCGCAUCAUCACCUGGGAUACCCUCUGCUGUCGGGACAGUACGACCUGUCCUACGCUUCAGGUCUCUCCUCCUCAGCCAUCGUCGCCAGUCAGCAAGCUUCCGCCCCGUCCAUGUACCCCCCCGCACGGAGGUGAGAACGGCACACCUGAUUGGCUGACCUCCACCCUGCCCGGAGUCAUGUGACUGGAUCACAUGAGGAAACACAUCAGUUCAAUGGUGUUAGUGUUGGUUUGAUUUCUCUGGCUGGACGUCCAGCCGUGGCUCUGCCCCUCACUGGACUGGACCAGAGGUUCCAUGGUUCUACUGGUCCUGCUGGUUUCAGACGGUGUGAUUGGUGCUCGGGCGGCAGAGGAUUUGACUCACAGACUGAGGACAGAGUGGACGCAGUGGGGUGGAGACACAUGGUGCGGCAGGUCGUUUGGGACGUACAAAGGAGCAGUUGAUUUUGUUAAGGAGGCGGGGGUCUCACAGUUCUGGGCGGAGUUCAGAGUCUCGAUGACGUCCUGCGUGAGCCGAGCCUUCGAGUCGUCUCACAGGUUUUUAUUUCCUCCUCAUAUUUCUGACCCUCAGUCUUUAUCUGCGUGACCUCUGACCUCUCUCAGCUCGUGGACUCCACAGGACGUGACCACACCCACAGGACGUGACCACACCC